AUGCUAAAAAAAAAGAAAGAAUAUACUAGUAUUAAUAUAGAAGAAAAUAUUUUGAAGAAAAAAAAUACAGAUAACAAAGAAACUAUUUUGAAAAAGAAAAAUAGUAUAAUUUUUGAAGACACAAAAAAAGAAAGGAAUGAAUUAAAAGAUAUAAAUAAUGAUUCCUCAAAUGAUGUAAAAAAUUAUAGCACUGAUGAAAAAAAGAAGGUUAAUAAAAAAGAAGAAAAAACUAACAAUAAUGAAAAGAAAAAUAUAAAAAAAAAAGAAGAAAAAAUAAAUAUAAAAGAAGCAAUAAUCAAAAAUGUUCGAGUUCCAGAUAAUUAUGAAAUAAAACAUUUAAUAGGAAGAGGAUCAUAUGGCUAUGUUUAUUUAGCUUAUGAUAAAAAUACAAAAAAAAAUGUAGCAAUAAAAAGAGUUAAUAGAAUGUUUGAAGAUUUGGUAGAUUGUAAAAGAAUAUUAAGAGAAAUAACAAUAUUAAACAGAUUAAAAAGUAAUUAUAUUAUAAAUUUAUAUGAUUUAAUAAUACCUGAAGAUUUGUUAAAAUUUGAUGAGUUAUAUAUAGUAUUAGAGAUAGCAGAUUCUGAUUUAAAAAAAUUAUUUAAAACACCUAUAUAUUUAACAGAAGAACAUAUAAAAACUAUUUUAUAUAAUUUGUUACUUGGUGAAAAGUAUAUUCACGAAUCAGGUAUUAUACAUAGAGAUUUAAAACCAGCUAAUUGUUUAUUAAAUCAGGAUUGUUCAGUUAAAAUAUGUGAUUUUGGAUUAGCUAGAACUAUAAAUGCAGAAACAGAUAUUCAUGUAGUGAGGGAUAUAGAAGAAAAAGAAGAAAAUGAAGAACCUGGUCCUCAUAAUAAAAAUUUAAAAAAACAAUUAACUAGCCAUGUCGUUACAAGAUGGUAUAGAGCACCAGAACUUAUUUUACUACAAGAAAAUUAUACUACUUCAAUUGAUAUAUGGUCUACUGGGUGUAUAUUUGCAGAACUAUUAAAUAUGUUAGAAAGCCACAUAAAUAAUCCAACUAAUAGGUUUCCAUUAUUUCCUGGUUCUUCUUGUUUUCCAUUAUCUCCAGAUCGUAAUUCAAAAAAAGUUCAUGAAAAAAGCAAUAGAGAUCAACUAAAUAUAAUUUUUAACGUAAUUGGAACUCCAACAGAAGAUGAUUUAAAAAGCAUAACAAAGGAAGAAGUUAUUAAAUAUAUUAAAUUAUUUCCAUUUAGAAAAGGUAUUGACUUUAAAAAAAAAUAUCCUUCAAUUUCAGAGGAAGGUAUUGAUUUGUUAGAAUCUAUGUUAAAAUUUAAUGCAAAAAAAAGAAUUACAAUUAAUAAUGCUUUAAGUCAUCCUUAUUUAAAGGAUGUUAGAAAAAAAGAUUUAGAAAAUUUUUCAGCUAAAAAAAUUAUACUUCCUUUUGACGAUUGGAUGACGUUAUCAGAAACACAACUAAGAUAUAUUUUUUUAAAAGAAAUUCAAUCUUUUCAUUCAGAUCUAGUUAUACCAUCUAAUUUAAUGAUUCAUGAAAACAACUUUUAUAGUUCUAAUAUAUAA